AUGCUCCUCGCACUCGCCCGCGUCGUGACGACCACAGUGGUGCUGCGCCCCGGGAGCUACGACAAGCAGCGCAGCGGCGACGGGCCCACGUGGGACUUUCUCUCCCACCUGACGGGCAUGGUGGGCUCCGCAAUCCUUUCCGGAAGCGCGUCGUGCAAGGAGGCCAUGGGGCGUUUCCUUCCGGCUUCCAUCAAGGACGCGCUCGCGGUGAUUUUCCUGGCAGCCAAGCAGGACGCGGCGAAGGGGCAGUCGCCAGACGCCCCGGAGAACGCAGCGGGACAGCGGCGCCGCGAGGGUCUGGCUGGCGACGCCGCCAGGCAGCAGGACGCCGCCCGGCGCGCCGUCCGGGGCGUCGCGCGCCUCAAGGUCAACGGCGCAGAGUUCGACUCGCAGGCGCAGGCGCUGCAGUCCACGAGCGACAAGACGUACGACGGGGAGCCGGUUGCCCAGUGGCGCUCGAACCCGCUGAUUCCUCAGGUGCCCCCCGUGGAGUUGGAUAGCGUCGUGGCUGUGCCGUUGGAGGAGUCGCCCGGCGACGUCGCGGCGGCCGCGGGCCCCGCCGAUGCCGCGGCGGCCGGGGCGCAGGAUCUGGAGGGCAACGAUGUGCAGGCGUGCAAGGAGUCCCGGUACGUGAGCGCGUUCAGGGAGGAGGACACCCCGGCCCCGGCCGCCUCGGCUGGGGCUCUGGAGGUGACGGCACUUAUCAAGCCGCUGGAGGAACUGGACGCGACCGCGCGCCGCUCCGUGGCCAAGGCCGCCAUGUCGAACCUCGAGCUGCCGCGCGGCACUGCGCCCCUGCUGUCGCUGUUCGAGUGGGAGGUGCGGGCGCAGGCGCGCCCGAGCCUGUGGCGCUGCGGCGACGCCGGCCACCUGGGCCCGAAACGAACGGGGACCCACCCGCAGUUACUCGCGCACGAAUGGAUCACGUGCCUGUGCAUGCGCGAGGAGAUGGAGUGCAUUCUGGACACCGACGAAGAGAAGCCGCACCGCGUGCGGGAGAACGACGACGACCCCGAGGUCAACCGGUUCGCGGCCGAUUGGGUGUCGCUGCGCAUGUUCGCCACGCUGCACUUCUUGACGGAGCGCCGCCAGUCCGCCUUCGCUUUCCUGAAAAACGGAGGCAUGAAGUGGGCCGAGAAAGUGCGGCACCUCACCCCGGAUGCCCUGGCUGCGGCCGCCCGCGUUCACGCGGGCGGCGGCGGCGUGGCGGCUCUGGCAAGCAACGCCGACGUACCCAACGUGGUACGGGACGCCCUGAACAUCAUGCAGAUGGCCGUCGCGGACGUCGUCGGCACCGACGGACAUCGGCGCCUCUGCCGCCACGAGGGGGUUGCCUACAUGGCGUUCUGUGGGUGCCCCUUGAUCUUCGCCACCCCGAACAUAGCGGACAAGAAGCAGCCGCUGUCCGUCAGGGUGGAGGGCCAGGAGAUCCCGCUCGACGACCGGGGCAUUCCAGGCCUGCGCAGCGACGUCACCCCAAAGUACCGAGACAUGCUGCGGCGCGUCGCCCAGGACCCGGUCGGCCAGACCGUAUGUUUCGAGCUCAUCAUGCGCCUCUUCUUCGCCCGCGUCCUCGGCGUCCGCCCCGAGUGCGUGGGCGGCCGCUGGCGCGGCGUUCCUCCCAGGAAACGCUGCUCCUGGGAUUUGUGCACCGACGGCGUGGCGCGCCUGGGCAAGUGGAUGAAAGCGUGCGUCGUGGCCGUGGAGAGCACUUGCCAGAGCUCCGUGGAGGUGUUGCCGCGGCGUUUCGGGCGCGCGGGCCAGCGCCUGGACCCGCUGCCGUUCUCUGUCAUCGAACGAGACCAGUCGCGCUUCGACGGGGGCAGCGAGCUGGGCGCGCUCCGCGAAGAGAAGCAGGCGGGCGCGGAGCUGGCUGAGGACCAGGAGACCUUCCUGGAGACCGAGGACCGGGGCUCCUGGCUCCGGCCCGAUCUGCCGUUGCGGGGCGCCACAGGCCGCGAGCUGGCGCCGGGGGAGAAGGCGCCGCCGCGGGCGUCUCCAUACGGCAUGCCCAUCGAUGCUUUUGCCGUGGGGGCAUGCCCCGCGUGCCGGCGGCGCGGCCUCGCGCGGCAAGACGCCGGCGCGGGCGAGCCAGCGGCCCGCGGGGUUGUCCCGACGGUCUGCUCGGACGCGCCCGUGGCUCAGUCGCGGCAGCCAGGAGUCGGCCUGGCGACGCUCGCCGCCGGAACGGAAGAGAGUCCUGAGGUCUGGGAGCGCCUCUUCUCGAAGGACGUCCGGGAGCUCGCCGAAGAGACGAUGGCGCGCGUGCGCGGGGAGAGCUGCUGCAGGUACUCGGGCGACAAGACCGCGAAGAUCUGCCGCCGCGGCUUCCACUGCAUCGUCGCGCUCGCGGAUUGGCGCAGGCGCAGGCAAGGGGGGCCUCUGCGGAACGCCAUGUUUGCGGUGCGGUCCUCGGCGCGCGGCAUGCAGGGUCGUCUGUUGCACUUCCAACCCCGCCCGUCUGAGUGUAUUACCAACUGCGCCGGCGCCGCGGCGGGGCGCUUCAACCUGGGCGCGCAGGGCCUCCGACGAGUCAGCGACCCCAAAGCUUGGUUGGACGUGGGCGAGGUGUUCCCGCGCGUCGGCUCGCAACCCAAGCCGGGGCACAUGGGCGUAUGCGAGCUGGGCGGUGCCGACGCAUGCGUGAGCCGCCCGGAGGCCCCAGGGUGGCCGCUCUCGUGGACGGACGACUGUUCGCCGGAGGAGUGGCGGGACAUUUUGCGGCAGUGCCUGACGGAGGACGCGGAGAGCGAGGGCGCGGAGGACGCGGGCGCCGCGAUUGCCUCCGCAGACCAGCUGGAACUGGGCGCCCAGGCCGCGCUCAGCGACGGCCUGAACACGGGCUUCUACAUCAACUCCUACACGACGAACCAGCGCCCCAGCAUGGAGGGCGUCCUCGUGGAGAUGCGGCGCGGCCUGGAGCGGCUGCAGGCGCAGCGACAGGCGCAGCAGGACAAUAUGAAGCUGGAGCUGCCGCAGCGCGGAGAGGACCCCGAGAAGAGUAUGUCCGCCGCCGACUGGAGAACGCUGGAUCUCGCGAAGAAUCUGUCCGCGUCGUACCGCCGAUGCUACUGGAAGAGCGGGCCAGAGAUGCUGUUCCCGAUCUUUCAUGGCCACCUCGCCUACGCGUCCCACUGCUGCUGGACGGUCUCCAUCAAGAAAGGCGUCUUCUCGGCGGCGGAGGCGUGGCGACGCGAGCGCGGGCGCUCUCUCCGACGCAAGACCGCGCAGGACGGGGGUCGCGCCCUGGUGCAGUGCCUCGGGCGCGGCGUCGACCCGUGCACGCUCGAGGGGCGGCGCGAGGAAAAGGAGAGCGGCGGGCAGGCGGUGCGCGUGAGUCCGGAAGGCCGGCGCUUCCCCGACACCCUGGCGGCCGACGAGCACGACGUCGCGACCAAGGCG